CUCAUAAUUUGCUAUUUCUAUCUCUCUCAGCCUGAGCCUCUUUCAGUAUUUCUUUCUCUGCCUUCUUCAGAAACUCAUCCUCAGAAUAUAUAUGGCAGAACUAAGUUUCUAUAUUGGAGUUAUAGGAAAUGUAAUAUCGGUGCUUGUCUUCCUCUCUCCUGUGGAGACGUUUUGGAGGAUAGUGAAACGGAGAUCGACGGAGGAGUACGAAUGUUUGCCGUACAUUUGCACGUUGAUGAGUUGCUCGUUAUGGACAUAUUACGGAAUCGUGACACCUGGCGAAUACUUGGUCUCUACGGUCAAUGGCUUUGGAGCUCUUGCUGAAUCCAUCUACGUUCUCAUUUUCCUCUUCUUUGUCCCUAAACCAAGACUCUUAAACACGGUUCUUGUGGUUCUAGCUCUAAACGUGAUUUUCCCAGUUAUAGCGAUUGUGGGAACAAGAACUGCGUUUGGAGAUGCAAAAAUGCGUUCUAAUUCGAUGGGUUUCAUAUGUGCUACUCUCAACAUUAUCAUGUAUGGAUCUCCUCUUUCCGCUAUUAAAACAGUUGUGACAACGAAGAGUGUCAAGUACAUGCCGUUUUGGCUGUCGUUUUUCCUCUUCCUAAACGGCGCGAUCUGGGGUUUCUACGCUUUACUCUUACACGAUGUGUUUCUACUAGUGCCAAAUGGAAUGGGAUUUUUGCUUGGGACAAUUCAACUCCUAAUUUAUGCGUUUUACAGAAACGCCAAACCAAACGUAGAAGAUGAAGAGGAAGUCCUCACACCAAGUCAACCUCUCCUCUCUUAAUUAACCUCUUUUUUGUUAUUUUUGCUCAACUCCUCACUCACCUUUAACCUUCACUUUGUUUAAUCCUUUUGCUCAAUUAAAUUUGUUUGUCUUUAUUACCAAUAAAUUUGUUUGACUUACAGUAUUUGCUUUACCUUCUUCUAAAUUGAAUUCACAAGAUU